UAUUCCAACUCCUUUUAAGUUUAUUUGAAAAUAAUGUAAAUACUCGGAAUAAAUAGGGACUCAAUUUUUGAUUUGUCUGUUUAGUCAUGUAAGAAAUUCUAUAACAGUAAAACAAGAUGUUUCUCAUUUUCGUCAGUGUAGGGCUUAUGUUGCUAGCUUGCAAAUAUCAUAAUAAAGUAUCUUGGAAUGCUAAACAACUUUAUCAUAGCAUUAGUAAAAGAAGUAUUAAUAGUAAUAAUAAAGAAAAUAAAAAAACUCAUAGAAAAGAACUAACGGUCUGUUUAGACAAAAUUAUUGUGGCUGAUUCACCAGAAAAAUGUGAUUAUGCUGUUCAACAUAUUCAAUGCAAUUUGUCAAAUGGACUAUUAGGUUUUGAUUGUGGACAGAUAAAUCAAGGACCUGUCUUCUUGCUACAACUUGCUACUUGCAAUGGUGUUUGUGCAUUGUUUCGUCUAAAUAAAAUUGGCUAUAUACCUACAAAACUUAAAGAGUUGUUAACUAAUCGUCAUUUGUUAAAAGUUGGUGUUGCUUUGUUUGAAGGUGGGAAAAGGAUUGAUAAAAAUUAUAAUUGUCAAGUUCUUGGAACAUUGGAUUUGAGAAUUUUAGCAAAUUGUUUUUCUUUGCCAAGUCCUAAGAGUUUAGCGGCACUUUGUGUUCUGUAUUUAGGGUUUGAAAUGAAUAAAGUUUUGAAAGUAAAAUAUAGUAAUUGGAAUGCUGAAACUCUUACUGAUGAACAAAUAGCCUAUGCAUCUUAUGAUGCUUAUGCUUCUAUUCUUAUCUAUCAUCAGAUAUGUAAAAAAGCAAGACAAAAGCGUUCUUUAUGGGAAAAUUUAACAUUUUAUAUUAAAAGUUUGCAUAAUUAUAAUAAAGUAGAAAUUUUUGAUUUACCUAAUGGAAUUAUUGAUACAAGAUUUAAUUGUAUAAAAGAUAGGGAUAUAAACAAUAUUUCUAAUAAUGAAUUAAGAAAAAUAAAUAAAAAAAAAAUUUCAGUAUACAAAAAUACUGUGUCAGCUAGAAAUAAGCCAUUAUAUGAUAAUUGUUAUUUGCAAGCACCCGAUGGUGAGGUUUUAUGUACAUGCGAUAAAAAAAAAGCUGAAUGGUAUAUUUCAAAGCAAUUAGGAGAAGUGGUUCACCAAAAUCCAUUUACUGUCAAAUUAAAGUUUGAACCAUCUGGACGUGCCUUAGGCGACGUUGGAAAGUACUACACUCAAGUGAAAAUAAAUCAAUGUGUUGUAUGCGGAGCAUCUGAUAAAUUUAUUAAAAAGAAUGUUGUUCCUAGAGAAUAUCGCAAAUAUUUUCCCUUGGUCAUGAAAUCACAUCAAUCACACGAUAUACUUUUAUUGUGUCCAACAUGUCAUGAAGUGAGCAACUGUCAUGAUCUGCAGCUUAGGAAAAAAUUAGCAAUAUUAUGUGAUAAACCCUUAUUAGAUCCAUUAUUACAUAUUAAUGAUGAAAUGUUGCAAUCAGUAAUAAAAGUACUUAAAGAAGAGCCUACAAUAUCUCACAAAAGAAGAAAAAAAUUAGAAAUGUGUGUUACAAAACUCACUAAUUACCAAGAAAUGAUAAAUUUUUUAAACGAACAAUUCUUAAUGGAAUUAUUUCUAAGAAAUAAUUUUUUACGGAAUCGUAUAUCCAAGCCUACUUCAUCUACCGAAUCAAAAUAUCAGCCACAUGGUCUCAAGGUUGUUCAUUAUUUUCAACAUAAUGAAGGUGGUCUCGUGGAACUAGAAAGAUUAUGGAGAGAACAUUUUCUAAGUACAUUGAAACCAAAAUUUUUACCUGAAUUAUGGUCUAUUUGCCAUAAUCAAGAACGCUUAAAUAUUAGACAGAUUCAAAAUAGGAUAGAACCAUCAGAUGCAAGGGUAGCUGGGAUAAAAUAUGAUAGUUGAUUAUUAAAUUUAAAUUUAUAUGUAACUAAGUAAAAGAGCACUUGUUUAAGAGAAACUUAUUUUUGCAGAAUUGUAUUAGAAUACUC